GUGGCUGCUGCCAAAGAAAGGUCCUGUUUUUACAGAAACCGACUCAUGGAAACAUGUCCAUCUCUGUGCUCACUCCUCCACCUGGUCUGGAGCUAAGCUCGCUGGGUGGCUCACAGGCAGAUGCAACACACAGCAUCCACAUGGCGAUUCCUGCUGAUCACUCAGACCAGCUGUUACUGUCUAGCUGGGGUCUCCCCAAGCCUGUGCUGGAGAAGUAUCAGAGUCUGGGUGUUAAGAAGAUGUUUGAGUGGCAGGCAGAGUGCCUCAUCUUGGGUAAAGUGCUGGAGGGCAGGAAUCUGGUGUAUUCGGCUCCAACCAGUGCUGGGAAAACAUUGGUAUCAGAGUUAUUAAUUUUGAAAAGAGUCUUGGAGACUAGACGCAAAGCCAUUUUUAUUCUUCCUUUUGUGUCUGUGGCAAGAGAGAAAAUGUUUUAUCUGCAGAAUGUGUUUCAGGAGGCGGGUGUCAAAGUUGAAGGGUAUAUGGGAAGCACUUCAGCUGCUGGUGGGUUCUCUGCAUUGGAUGUGGCUGUAUGUACAAUAGAGAAAGCCAAUGGACUCAUUAACAGGCUUAUUGAGGAGGAUAGAAUGGAUUUGCUAGGAAUUGUUGUUGUAGAUGAGCUACACAUGGUAGGGGACUCUGGUCGUGGAUAUUUAUUGGAGCUUUUGCUAACCAAAAUCCAAUACAUAGCAAAAAAAUCGGCAAAGAGGUGCACUGGUGAGAGUUCCACUGAUAGUGUACAGAUUGUGGGAAUGAGUGCCACAUUACCAAACCUGGACCUCCUUGCCUGCUGGCUAAAUGCUGAUCUCUACCAUACAGACUACCGUCCUGUGCCACUGAUGGAGUGGGUGAAGAUUGGCAAUAAAAUAUAUGAUGGCUCCAUGAAUCUUGUUCGACCAUUUACACCUGCUCUCCCAGUAAAGGGUGAUGAUGAUCACAUAGUAAGCCUCUGCUUUGAGACUGUGCAGGCUGGUCACUCUGCACUGCUCUUCUGUCCUUCGAAGAACUGGUGUGAAAAACUGGCAGACAGUAUUGCCAGAGAGUUUUACAACCUUCAUUACCAAGAGAAGCAGUCAGACUCUGGAGUCCAGUCUGUGUCUUUGAACCAAGAAGGUCUUCAGGAAGUGGUUGCUCAGUUAAAACGUUCUCCUGCAGGCCUCGACCAAGUGCUCCAGCGCACUGUUCCCUGGGGAGUUGCGUUCCACCAUGCAGGUUUGACAUUUGAUGAGAGGGACAUCCUGGAAGGUGCUUUUCGUCAGGGCUACAUCAGGGUCCUUGUCGCCACUUCCACUUUGUCCUCUGGUGUAAAUCUGCCUGCCCGCCGUGUGAUUAUCAGAACCCCAGUGUUCAAUGGGCAUCUGCUUGACAUACUGACCUACAAACAGAUGGUGGGACGAGCAGGGCGUAAAGGAGUGGACACGGUUGGUGAGAGUGUGCUGGUCUGUAAGGAAGCCGAGCACAUGAAGGGGGUGACUCUGAUCCAGGGCUCCUUAAAGCCCAUCAGCAGUUGCUUGGUGAAGCGGGAGGGGGAAGGUGUCACUACCAGCAUGCUCAGAGCCAUCCUGGAGAUUAUAGUUGGUGGAGUUGCCAGCACACCAGAGGAGGUGAGGACAUAUGCAUCUUGCACUUUACUGGCAGCCAACAUGGCAUCUAUGCAGCGAGAUCAAGGUGGUGAACAGCCAGAAACUGCUCGCAGUCACGGGGCCAUUGAGGCCUGCAUGGAUUGGCUGAUGGACAACGAGUUUAUUCAUAUCCAAAAGGAAUGCGAUACAGAGAGAUACUGUCCAACACAUCUGGGUUCUGCCACUCUGUCGUCAUCUCUGUCACCCCCAGAAGCCCUUGGAAUUUUUGCAGACCUUCAAAGAGCAAUGAAAGGGUUUGUCCUGGAAAAUGACCUCCACAUUCUUUAUCAGAUAACACCAGUGUACGUUGACUGGACGACAAUAGACUGGUACCAGUUCUUCUGUCUGUGGGAGCAAUUACCUUCUGCAAUGAAACGGGUUGCAGAAAUGGUGGGCAUACAGGAGAGCUUUCUGGCACGCUCUGUCAGUGGAAAAUUAAUAGCCAAAACAGAAAAGCAGCGCAGACAGAUGGCCAUUCACAAGCGCUUUUUUACUACGCUUGUGCUGUUUGAUCUGGUCAGUGAAGAACCUCUUGGAACAGUUGCAAAGAAAUAUGGCUGCAGCCGAGGACAGCUGCAGUCACUUCAACAGUCAGCGUCGACCUAUGCAGGUAUGGUUACAGUCUUCUGUAAUCGACUUGGAUGGCACAACCUUGAGCUGUUAUUGUCGCAGUUCCAGAGCCGGCUCAGUUUUGGAGUACAGAGGGAUCUUUGCGAUUUGGUGCGUAUCUCAUUGCUAAAUGCCCAGAGAGCACGUGCACUCUACAGUGCAGGGUUGGUCACUGUGGCGGAGGUGGCAAGAGCCAAAAUUGCUGAUGUGGAGAAGGCCCUAAGGAAAGCCAUUCCUUUCAAAAGUUCUAGGCAGGCGGUAGAUGAGAGUGAGGAGGACGCUCAGGAGCGAAGGAGCAUGCGCUGUAUCUGGGUGAGUGGAAAGAAGGCCUUGACUGAGAGUGAGGCUGCAGAGCAAAUAGUGUUGGAGGCCAGGUUGCUCCUUCAGCAGGACUUGGCACUCCUUGGAGUGGAGUGGAACCCCAAUUCUCUCUCGCCAGAGGCCAGAACAAGCUCUUCUGAUGAAUCACCAGUGUCCCAGGAUUCCAAAUUACACACACUAGGACAGCUACAAACUGAAAGUUUAUCUGGAGAGAAGAACACUAACUUUAAUACAGAACAGAGACUGAGGAACAGCAUAAAAGGACAUCAUAUAUCAGCUGAUCAAAAUCCUGUGUCUGAAAACGAAACUCAGUAUCCUGCUGGACCACUAGAGGAUCCUAUGGAUAUGGAUACAGCAGAUCAAACUAAGAAAACUACUGCAGGACAUUUGUGUGUGGCCUCUACUAGCACAGGAAACACUGAACAGCAGUCUAUUGCAUUACAUAAAGUGCUCAAAUCCAUAAAUGCUAAAGACAAAGAUUAUCACAACGGCCACAAAACUGCUGAGAUGUCAUCACCCCUUCUGAAAAAAUCAUCUCUAAAGGGUUGUGGACAUGAUUCUGGUCUACAAAAUGAGUCUUCCUCAUGCAAUGACAGUCAUUCUGUAGGUCCACUGUCAAAACGUAGAAAGAUGGAAGGGGAUGAAAUUAAGACCACUGAAGCUGAAGAACCAGGUACCCUAACAGUUGUAGCCCCAAGAGAGUUAAACCAAACAGCAUCAACUGUUUUUGUGGGAGUUCCUAAAUUGAAUAAUUGUCACUCUGAAGUGGACAUCAAAACACCACCAGAGGCAGGUAGAUGUCAGAAUUCAGAUUAUGUAUUAAAACAAAAGCUACUGUGUGAGCCUAUGGUGUCAUCUACGUCCUUUGGUCCAUCAUAUCUCACGGAGAUUCCAUUGUUAACUGGUCAUCAUUUCCCAUCAUCUGAUGGGAAAAAAUGCAAGUCUAAAUCACAAGAUUUACAUCAAGAUGCAGAUCUCCAGAUGACACUUACUGAAACUGAAACGAAAAAGGGGAAUUACAAAAACUCAGACUGUUACAGGAAUGUGAAUGAUGAAAACAAAAUGCCAGCACAACAUGAAUAUGAGAAGACUUCAAUGGGCUUUUUGAUGAAUUCUGAGGUAAAAUCUAGAGUUGCAACUGAUGUCAUAGGGAAUUCAGGGGACAAUUGUAAUUCUCCAGACUUGUACACAGGUGAAUUAGAAUUUGGUGACAGUUUUCAGCUUGAUACACAGACUGAAAGAAUAUUACUACAAGAGGACAAGAUGCCUCAUUACAGCAGUUUAGAUGUUAUUGGUGAAGUUAAGACAACAAAUAAUCAUGUUGGCACACUAGAUCAACUGUCCAACCAAAUCUCACAUCCUGAAAAUAAAAAUUUAGUACCACACAGCACGCCUGAAGACAAAAACAGCAAGAAAGAUGAGGGCAUAUUCUUUUCCAGCAAUGUUCCAAAUAAGCAACAUUUGCCAUCAACUGAAGCCAAACCUAAAUAUAACAUUUCACUGACAGACAGCCAAAUGGAGAACAUUCUUAAUUUUACCAACCAUGUGCCUGAGGGAGAAUCUUGUGAAAUGAAAUUAAACUGUGAGGAACCUCAAGUCCAAAAGGAGAGAUCUGUUAUGGAUAAUAGUCUCAAUAGGAGCAGCAGCUUUCUGUUUGAUAGUAUAUAUGACAGCUCUGUCUUGGAGCCCAUGGAGGAGGAGGAGGCAGAGGAGGAGGCAGGAGUAGAUAAAGACGCAGAAGGGAACCAACCUAUGGAAAAUACUAGGUCACAUGCCCCAACCACUGAAUUUAAUGAAGAAAGGAAGGAUGAUGUGGAGGAUCAAGAAGCAGUACAGUGGGGCGAGUCUUCCUUCAACCUGUCAGAAUGGGGAGACUCACUCCUUGUUGGAGAGCACUAUCUAGAAAAACUUAAGGUCUGUGCUGGAACAAAAGUAAGCUCAAGUAAAGCAGAAAAGCCCUGUUACACAGAUGACAUUGUGUCUGAGUUACAAAUAUCACAAAGCAAGGCACUUUGUUCAGAAACUGUUGCUGAUUCCUCAUUUAAUUUUAGCCCAGGAAUGCAAGACAUUUUUGAUAAAUGGGCUGAUCAUUUUUCCACCCUCCACGAACCUAACACACAUUCUGGGCUUGAACAUGUAAAUCAAAAAGGCUUGAGGUCAGAAGAUUUCCAUGUAACCAAGCCACAUACAGUGAGCCAUGAUCUUAUUCCACCAACACCUGUUUCUGAGCCUGUCACACCCAGGGUCAAAAUAACAACUUUGGCUGUACAGUCACCUAUAAAUCCCAGAGGUGACCUAGAGGCUAGGAUGAAUUACCAUACAAGUCCUUCUCUCAAAGAUGAUCAACCUCCUUGUUUGGAGCCGAAUGCCAUGUCAGAGUUGGACACAUCUGAGGGCUUUUCGCUGCAGCUUUCUGAGAAUGCCUCUCCUUCUGCCUCCAACCCAAGCAGUCCAGAAUCCUUCUCGAUUAUUGAUGUAGCAAGUGACAGACGGCUUUUUGAAACAUUUGUAAAGGAAUGGAAAACGAAAAAGAGAUUUUCUCUUUCUGUUGCUUGUGAGAAGAAAGAUAAUGCAGGGCAACCAGAAUCUGCUAUCGGAGGCAAAUUUAAAAAAGCAACUACCCCAAUGAGGAACAAUAGAAAACAUGGGUUUGUCAUGAAAGGACAUGAGAAUCUGAUCGUCAUUGGCCUAUCUGUAUGUUGGGGAGGAAAGGAUGCAUAUUAUUUAUCACUACAAGAGGAGCUAACAGACACUGCUAUAAGUGCUAGCUUAGCACCCCCUUCACUUGAUGAAGAUCUGGCAGUGGGAGAGAGACUGGAGAAAAUUCAAGUGUGUUUGUCAAGGUCGUCUUCAGGUGCUGAUAGAGUGAUGGCUGCUUAUGACUUCAUUCAGUUAUACAAGACUCUACUUCUGGCAUGUGGACUUGCAAUAAAAGGCACAUUUGAAGAUCCCAAGGUUGCUUGUUGGCUUCUGGAUCCAGGCUCCAAGGAGCGCACCCUUCACAACAUGGUAACAAAUUUUACUCCUCAGGACCUCCCCUUGUUAGAUGGAAUUAGCUCUGGACAAGGUGUGGAAAGUCUGGGGAUGUAUGGAGAUCCUAGUCAGUCUGGACGCUACAGAGCAGCCAUUGAGUCGGUUCUUGUUUUCAGGAUCAUGGCACAACUCCACGGCCUUCUGGCAAAGGAUGGUUUCUUAGAUGUGUUUCAGAAAGUGGAGAUGCCCACUCAGUACUGCUUAGCUCUGUUGGAGUUGAAUGGUAUUGGGUUUAGUAUUGCAGAAUGUGAAGCUCAGAAACAUGUGAUGCAAGCUAAGCUCAGUGACCUGGAAUCCCAGGCCUACCAGUUAGCUGGUCACAGCUUCUCACUGACCAGCCCUGAGGAUGUUGCUGAGGUACUGUUUCUUGAGCUGAAGCUUCCUCCCAAUGGUGAUUUGAAUAGUCUAAAGAAUAAAAAGACUUUAGGAUACACCAGAAGGGCAGGAGCCCGCAUAAAGCUUUCCAAGCAGUUUAGCACAACCAAGGAUGUACUAGAAAAGCUCAAGCUAUUUCAUCGGUUACCAGGAGUCAUCUUAGAGUGGAGGAGGAUAACAAACGCCAUGACAAAGGUGGUAUUUCCCCUACAAAGAGAGAAGACCUGGCACCCUAAACUGAGGAUGGACAGAAUUCACCCUGUCUCACAGUCCCACACAGCUACAGGGAGAGUGAGCUUCACUGAACCCAAUAUUCAGAAUGUGCCAAAAGACUUUGAAAUCCAAAUGCCAGCUCUUAUUGGAGAAAGCCAACCAUCUCAAAACAACAUAAAAAGUAUUUCCAGCAAGACACGGACUAAAAUAUCAAAGGCAAAUCAUCGGUUAAUGGGUUUGCUCAAAGAUUCAGACAAAUCUCCAGAAAAGGGGAUGCCUUUUUCUGUCAGCAUGAGGCAUGCUUUUGUUCCUUUCUCAGGAGGACUAAUUCUAGCUGCUGACUACUCCCAGUUGGAGUUGCGCAUAUUGGCUCACUUGUCCUGUGAUAAACGGCUUCUUCAAGUACUCAACAGUGGUGAAGAUGUUUUCAAAAGCAUAGCUGCAGAGUGGAAGAUGGUGGACCCUCCAUCUAUUGAUGACUGCACAAGACAACAGGCAAAACAGAUUUGUUAUGGAAUCAUUUAUGGCAUGGGAGCAAAAUCAUUAGGGGAGCAAAUGGGUAUUGAUGAAAAUGAUGCUGCCUGUUACAUUGAAACGUUUAAAUCCAGGUACACAGGUAUACAGGCAUUUCUUCGUCAGACUGUAAAGAACUGCAGCAAAAACGGUUUUGUCAAGACAUUACUUGGCAGGAAGAGAUAUCUACCUGGGAUCAAAGACUCAAAUGUGUACAUAAAGUCUCAUGUAAGGUUCAUGUUAUAUGUUUCCAGAAUACAUGGAAAUAUUGUUGAGCCAAUCAAACAUUUUUAAUAAGUAGAGCUCUCCCACGCUUCAGGCAGAGAGGCAAGCUGUGAAUACAACAGUCCAGGGGUCUGCUG